GGUGCAGUGAACGAAACUAUCCCUGCUCACUGCCCUCCCCUGAGCGUUCCAAGGUGACGUCACGGUGGUUUGAGGGUUUCUUGUUCACUCUUUUUGGGACACUUCACCAAACAGAGGAGAGGGAUAGAGAAUAAUAUGCAUGGUGCUUGCUUUAUAUUUAACUGUAUGAUCCACAGCAUUUAUUCAAAAGCAAAACAUUUUAGCCAGCGCAAUUCAUUACUGACCAAAACUUUGAAACAGAACUGAUUACGAAGUUGUAUCUCUCAUUUUAUUCAUUAAAUUUAGAUAACAAGGGAGUUUAAAGAUAGUCAACCCUUCCAGCAGCUUUCCCAGUUUGGAUGCAAUUACAGUAGCUCUUUUUCGCCUGUACUGGAGUUUGCGAUUUUGCAGAGUGAUGUCCAAAAGAAGGAUAAAGCCGGGGACUUUUGUCAAUUUCUUCAACAUCCUGGUAGUGAUGGCUUUGUUGCUGCUGGAGGUGAACUGUGCAGAAGAUGCAAACUUACCUCAACCAGGACAAUCAUUGGGACUGGCUGAAGGCCAAGACAGAGGGGUGUCCGUGCCCAAAGGUGACUCCCUGACCUUCUUGGAACCAGUGAACAAUAUCACUAUAGUUCAGGGACAGACGGCUACGCUGCAUUGCAAAGUGGCAGGAAACCCACCACCCAACAUAAAAUGGCUGAAGAACGACGCUCCAGUGGUUCAGGAACAGGGGCGAAUAUCGAUAAGGAAAACAGAGUCUGGUUCUAGAUUACGCAUCCAGGACUUGGACACCACAGAUACAGGAUACUACCAGUGUGUGGCAUCCAACAGCCGGGAGACCAUAACAUCCACUGGAGUGCUGUUUGUCAAGCUUGGGCAGUCCCCGACUGCUGGUUCCAACUACAAUGACCACGACGAGUUCCGUGAAGAAGGUUUCUGUCAACCAUACCGGGGGAUCGCAUGUGCUCGAUUCAUUGGAAACACAACCAUUUACGUGGACUCCCUUCAGAUGCAAGGGGAAAUUGAAAACCGAAUCACUGCUGCAUUCACUAUGAUUGGCACCUCGACCCACCUGUCAGACCAGUGUUCCCAGUUUGCAAUCCCCUCGUUCUGCCACUACGUGUUCCCGCUGUGUGACGAGCGCUCACGCACCCCCAGGCAGCGGGAGCUGUGCCGCGAUGAGUGUGAGGCGCUGGAGAACGACCUGUGCCGGACAGAGUACACGAUCGCUCGCUCAAACCCCCUCAUCCUCAUGCAGCUCCAGCUGCCAAAGUGUGAGGAGCUGCCCCUUCCCGACACCCUGGAGGCAGCCAACUGCAUGAGAAUCGGCAUCCCCGUGGAGAAACUGGGAAGAUAUCCUCCCACAGAUCACAAGUGUUACAAUGGCAGUGGAGCUGAUUACAGAGGUACGGUCAGCGUCACCAAGUCUGGGUACAAGUGCCAGCGCUGGCACACCCAGUUCCCUCACAGUCACCAGCACACUGGUGUGGAGUUCCCCGAGCUGGGGGGAGGGCACAACUACUGCCGCAACCCUGGAGGUCAGAUGCAGGGCCCCUGGUGCUUCACACAGAAUGAGAAUGUGCGAGUGGAACUAUGCGACAUUCCUGCAUGCAAUCCCAGAGAAAACAGUAAAAUGGAGAUCCUUUACAUUCUGAUCCCUAGCAUUGCCAUCCCCUUGGUCAUCGCUUGCCUGUUCUUCCUAGUCUGCAUGUGCCGGAACAAACAGAAGGCAACCACAGACACUCCUCCACGUCGCCAGCUAAUUGCGUCACCCAGCCAGGAUAUGGAGAUGCCUCUCAUUAACCAACAUAAACACCAGGGAAAACUGAAAGAAAUCAAUCUGUCUGCUGUGCGGUUCAUGGAAGAGCUGGGAGAAGACCGAUUUGGGAAGGUCUACAAGGGACACCUGUACAGCACAGCCCCUGGGGAGCAGACCCAAGUAAUUGCCAUCAAAACUGUAAAAGACAAAGCUGAGAUGAACCUGCGGGAGGAAUUCAAGCAUGAGGCCCUCAUGAGGUCACGGCUGCAGCACCCCAACAUAGUCUGUCUGCUUGGGCUGGUGACCAAGGAACAGCCCAUGAGUAUGAUCUUCAGCUACUCCGGCCAUGGGGACCUCCACGAGUUCCUGGUGAUGAGGUCACCACAUUCUGACGUAGGCAGCACUGAUGACGACAAGACAGUGAAAUCAACUCUGGAGCCAGCAGAUUUCUUACACAUUGUGACUCAGGUUGCUGCAGGGAUGGAGUACCUCUCCAGCCACCACAUGGUCCACAAAGAUCUUGCAACCAGAAACAUUUUAGUAUGUGAUAAACUCAAUGUGAAGAUCUUAGACUUAGGGUUGUUUCGUGAAGUCUACUCAGCUGACUACAAUAAACUAAUAGGGAAUAACCCUUUCCCUAUUCGCUGGAUGUCUCCAGAGGCUAUCAUGUAUGGUCAAUUCUCAGUUGAUUCAGAUAUUUGGUCCUACGGAGUGGUCUUAUGGGAAAUCUUCAGCUACGGGCUGCAGCCGUACUGUGGCUACUCCAACCAAGAUGUUAUAGAAAUGGUCAGGAACCGCCAGGUGCUGCCCUGCCCAGAUGACUGCCCUGCCUGGAUAUACACCCUGAUGCUGGAGUGUUGGAAUGAAUUCCCUGCCAGAAGGCCGAGAUUCAAAGACAUCCACACCAGACUAAGGACUUGGGAGAGCCUGUCCAAUUAUAACAGCUCUGCUCAGACCUCUGGUGCCAGUAACACCACCCAAACAAGCUCCAUCAGCACCAGUCCUGUUAGCAAUGUCAGUGCUGCACGGUAUGUUGGUCCGAAGCAGAAAACCCAACCUUUUCCACAGCCCCAAUUCAUCCCAAUGAAGGGCCAGAUUCGACCCAUGCAUCCACCUCCCCAGCUCUACAUCCCAAUGAAUGGUUAUCAGCCUAUGCCAGCCUAUGGAGCCUACCUACAAAACUUCUACCCCAUGCAGAUCCCUAUGCAGAUGCCACCGCAGCAGAUGCACCCACAAAUGAUACCCAAACCUGGGUCUCAUCACAGUGGCAGCGGUUCCACCAGCACAGGCUAUGUCACAACUGCGCCUUCAAACACUUCCAUGACUGAGCGGGCCACUUUGCUUCCUGAUGAUUUAAAUGCUGCGGAAGAAGGGAACAGUGUGGCAGAUGGAAUGUCCCAGACUGGCCCUCAAGAUGAAGAAGUUUCAGUGCCGGAAACAGAGUUGCUGGGAGACAUUGACGUUCUGCAGACAGACGAUCCAGACAUACAGUCAGAAGCAUAGAAAGUGCUACUACCCAUGGCUAACUAAUCCUUUUUGUGAUGACAAAAUACCUUAUGUGAAGGGACUGAAUGAUUAGGUAUGUGCAGUCACCUGUCUGUGUGACUUUUUUGUUUUGGAUUUCAAUUCAUGGCUGUGGGUGACUUAAGAUAAUAUCCCAAGUUGUUACAACCAGUAGAAAUGUGUGCAGAUGCAAAUGGUGGGCAGUAUUUCUAUCAUAAGUGUUGCAUACCAUUAAGUAAGGUUUUUUUUUUGUUUUGUUUUGUUUUUUUUUAAAACUGUUGCUGUGCAACAUAAAGCAAUACAAUGAUUUUUUUUCAAGUUACUUUUUCAAGAUAAAAUACCUGAAAAUCCACUGCGUAUCUGAACUGAAAGUGUCUUUACAUUUGCAUUUGCAAUCUCUCAAUUGGGGGAAAGAAAGACAAAUGGAUAAAAUCUCAAUGGAGAAGGUUAAAAAUGAACUAAAUCAAGAUAUUUCAAACAAAUGAAAUACUUUUUUCUGUGGAUUUAUGGGAACAAAAUGCAGAUUUAAGGAAUGCUAGUUUUUAUCAUGGAUUUUAGGUCAUAAAAUAAUAUAAACUCCAGAAUGUUAUGAAGCAAAUGGCAUCAAAGAACAAUGAAAUGUUUUGGAAUAAGGACAAAUCGCUGCUCAGGAUGUCAAAGAAGCAUAGUCAUUGGAAGAAAAAUUUCAAUACCAUCUGUAUGACGAAUGUAACGAGUUUCCAAGCAGUUGAAGAGCAUGCAAAGGCUUUAACAUCCAAUGAUUUUAGUGAUAAUGAUGCAAUUUGUACAUUGAUGUGUUCCUUCUUAUUAUUGGAAACCCUGUACAGACAUGUAAUUUAUAUGUUUUUAUUAUCUGAAUAACUUUCUCUUUGAAGUAUUCUGAUUUUUUUUUUUUUUUUUUUUUGAGAAUAUUGUAAUUUAAAUGUUUGCUCUGUCCACUUUGGUUGGAGUUUAUUAAAUGGUAUUACCUUUCUUUUACUUUGGCAAAAAGGUCCUUUUUCACAUUUUCAAUAUGAUUUUUGUAAACCUCACAGAAGUGAUAAUAUCUCUGUAUCCAGCUCACACUUUAGCCAUAUAUUUUGUACAUCCAGCCACAUGGAGUAUCCAAUAAAGUGAUACAAUAUAUACGUUU